AUGGCGGUGAACAAGUCCACCGUGGACGAUAUACUGGACAAGCUCGGGGACGAAGGCGCAGUGAACGUCGUGGCAAUCUUUGGCGCGGCCCGCGGGGGCAAGAGCUUCCUGAUGAACCAGCUCGCGGGACAGGACGACAUCUUCAAGAUAUCCAACGACAAGGAUCCGUGCACGCAAGGCGUGGAUGUGUCCCGUGCCGUGGUGCCCCUGAAGGACUUCGCCACCUUGGACGGAUGCACCGCGCCGAGGGGGGUGUCUACCAGCAACCAAGUUCGGGUGUUGUUCGCGGACGUUGAGGGUCAGGGCGACCGGGACGCCGCCUACGACGCGAGGCUCGCCUCCGCCAUCCUCCCUCUCACCAAGUGCGUCAUCUUUAACUGGAGGGACUCGCUGCAGGUGGACCGGAUGCUGAACCUCCUCGGGGUGAUGCAGAGGGCGGCCCACAACGUGGACCUAGGCGAUGACGGGGAGGGCACGGGCGGUUCCAAGUUCGGCCACCUGCACGUGGUGUUCAGAGACUGGAACUACAGCGGCACUGCUGAAGACGUGAAGAAGCAGCUGUUCGGGCUAGACAACAGGGGCAUGGGGUCGGAGGUGGCCGUCAAGAACGAGCUCAGGAGGACAAUCACGGCGGCGUUUGCGAGCGUGACGGUGUGGCUAUUCCCCGCCCCCGUGGAGAUGACGAGCGAGCUGUCCAAGGAACUCAAGUCGGAAGACCUCAGUGAGGGCUUUGUCUCCGAGCUCAAAGCGUUCCGCUCCACGCUCUCGAGCCAGCUCUCGGCGCCCACGGUGUUCGGCCCCGCCAAUCCCGUGACGGGCCACUCGCUGGGCUCUUUGGUCCCUGCUCUGGUUGAGGUGCUGAACAAGGGCGAGGUGAUCAUGCCGCAGAGCACGUAUCAACAGAUGCUCGACAUGGAGGCGCAGCAGGUCAAGAAAACGUACCUUUCGAAGGCCAAUGCUCUGAUCGAAACGGGCAUGAAGGCUUGUGACAACGGUCCCCCCGUGCCGCCGAAGGACCUAGAAGCUGACAUGGAAGACGAGAUACAGGCCCUUUUGUCCGACUUCGAAAGCGAGGCCAAAACGCGCGGAGCCAAGGCUGACGCGGUGGCGGAAGGCGCCAAGGAAAUCAGCGACAGCCUGGAGCGUGGGAUGCAGGGGCUCCGCGCCCACAACACCGCGGUGCUCGGUGUUCACCUCAAGACUGCCGUCAAGGCAGCUAGGGCAUCAUUCACGACGGGUUUCACGCAAGCCUCCAGGACCAAGAUGCCGCUCCCCCCGUCCGAGCUGACUGCGAUGGCCUCGGCCGUGUCUUCGCGAGCGAGGGGCCAGCUGCACGCGGUGCCUUCGGCGGGACCCGACGACGACGCUAUGGAGGAGGCCCUCUCGGCGCUCGGCGACUUCAUCGAGCUCGCCAUUAGCAAGGAGAGUGUUGGGGGAGGGUUCCCAGGGCUUGGGGGAAGGGGAGGGGGGAGGGCGGAGAAGGAGAACGACUCUCUGCUGCAGGCACAAGGAAAAAAGGAGGAGGACGCGCUUGCCGCGGCCAUCGGGUCGUUCCAGCAGGACUUCACGACCGACCUCCAAGUGGUCAAGGCCGGCGGUGGCCCUUACAAGCUGUCUUCGGUAGAAGAUGCCGGCAAGGCGGCAUUGGCAACCGCCCUCGCGGGACUCCGACGAUCGCUUGGAGGCGUCAACGGAGGGGGGGAGACGGACCGCGUGGCUUCCCUGACAGGAAGGCUGGAGGAUAGGGCCGCAGCGAGGGUUCUGGAGGAGAAGUCGGAGUUCGACAGGAGCUGCGCGGCGUCGAUGAUGGCGCUUGGGACAGAAGAGAGGCGCAGGCUGCGGGAAGAGGCCCAAACCGACGUGUACCCGUUGCUGCCCCUGUACUCCAAGCACGAGCUAGAGACGGUCUUCCAGCCGGUAGUGCGGCGGAUGAACGACAGGAUCGAUUCGUCCGCGAGGGGCUGGGCGUUGUCGGAACAGUUGCACGCGCAGCACAUGGAUUCCGCUAAAUCGGAUGCUGAGGCGGUAUGGCAGUCUCUCUACGAGCGCAACGAGCGGAUGAAGCUACAGCGCGAGAACGCCGACAUGGGCGCCCACGCCCAGCGUAACCGGGAGGAGGCCAAGCGGCUGAGGCUUCGCUUGGGCGAGGAGAGGAAGAAGGUUCAGGACGCGGAGGGAAAUGCUCGCGAAGCGACGGCGGCGGCAGCGCAGGCCAGGCUGGCCGCCACGACGGCGAAUCAGCGUAUGAGGCAGGCGGUGGGUGCCCGGGAGCGCGAAGCGGCGGCUCGCGAGCAGGAGAAGCGGGAGGAGGAGGCCAAGAGGGCGGAAGAGCGCGAGAGAGCUGCCGCCGAGGUGGCAAGGGUGACGAACGAGGCCGCGGCGAGGGAGGCUAAGCUGGCGGCUGAGGCCGCGGAGGCUAGGGAAGCGGAGCAGGCGGCGGCGGCGGCAGCGGCGGCAGCCGGAGCAAAGAAGGCGGAGGUGGAGGAAGAGGAUGAUGGUGAUGAUGAAGGGUUCCAGGAUGCCAUGGAUGUGGAGGAAGAGGUCAAGGAGAGGCCGAAGAGAGGGAAGAAGACAGCCGCCAAUGUUGAGCUUCAGGAGGAGGAGGAGGAGGAGGAACAGAGCCCCAAAAAGAAUGGGAAAGCUUCGUCUAGGCGCAAGACCAUCAUGACACCCAUCGGCAGGGACCCGGCCACUAUGAAGGCGGCCAGGGAGGAGGCGGCAAAGCAGAUCAAAGACAGGCAGGAUGCCAAGACUGGCAAAGGCCUCCCAGCGGAAGAGGAAGUGGAGGAGCAGGAGCAGGAGCAGGAGGAGGAGGAACAGAUCACCAAAAAGGGGAAAGCUUCGUCUAGGCGCAAGACCAUUCUGACACCCGUCGGCAGGGACCCGGCGGCUAUGAAGGCGGCUAGGGAGGAGGCUGCAAGGCAGAUCAAAGACAGGCAGGAUGCCAAGACUGGCAAAGGCACUCCAGCGAAAGAGGAAGAGGAGGAGGAGGAAGAGGAAGAGGACAGCGGUAUGACGGAAAGGGAAAAGUCUCGCCAGAGAGCGGCGCAAUGGGCCAAGGAUGAGAAGGCGAGAAAGGCUCUGGAGGCAAAGAAGAAAAAGGCGGCGGCUGCCAAGGGCGAAUCAGCAGCAGCGACACCGAAGAAGCGCGGAAGGCGCUGAAAUGUCGGACGAGAAAAUACACACCCUGAGUAGGUUUCGAGGCAUUUCCGACAGUAACAGUUGACAGUAGCGGCAGCCGUAGUGGCAGCUGUCCGGCCAAAGGCGAGAUCGUGCUUCCGCCACCUGUUGGACACCAUCAUACCAAAAAGGUUGCUUCCCGGCUGUUUGUCGUUGUUGGGCACGAAGUGUCGCUU